AUGCAAGGUCGCUCAUGCAUUACUAACCUGCUUGUGACGAGGCCUGAGUGGUUGAAGGCAAUAAACAAGGGGAAGUCCGUCGACGUGAUAUUCAUCGAUUUCAUUAAAGCGUUCGACAAGGUCAAUCAUGAGGUUCUCCUUCACAAACUCAGCAUGUGUGGCGUCGGUGGCUCACUGCACCGGUGGAUCCACGACUUUCUUGUUGGACGAAAGUGGAGGGUACAGGUCGACGACCAUCUAACUGACUGGUACCCCUCUACAAGUGGCGUGCCUCAAGGCACUGUGCUGGGGCCCACUUUGUUCCUGAUCCACAUCAACGAGCUACCGCAGCGUCUCCGGUCGCCGUGUGCCUUGUUUGCGGACGACAUGAAGAUUUGGAGAGAAAUCGACGCUCCCGACGACUGUGGCCUACUUCAGCAAGAUCUCAACCGCUUAUCCACAUGGUCUGCAGAAGUUCUUCUCCCGGUCAACCCAGCCAAGUCGGUAUUUAUGAGCCUGGGGAAGGGUGCAGACGGCCGAACCUACACAAUUGACGGCCAAACGCUAUAUCCCACACCCUCCGUGAAGGACCUAGGUGUACUCUCACGCUACGAUUUGAAGUCCGUGGACAACACGAACAGGCUAUAUCGGAACGGACUGCGCAUGCUUUGGGCGCUCAAACGUAGCUUCGGCACAUGGUCUGAAGAGGUUGCCACUCGCCUGUUCACUUCUAUCAUUAGACCAAUGCUAGAGUACGGUUCGCCCGCCUACUUUCCGAUUACCCGAGGCGAGGCACAAAAGAUCGAACGGGUCCAACACGUUGCUACCAGGCUGAUCCCGAGUUUACGUGGCUUUGGGUAUGAAGACCGGUGCGAGAAACUAGGACUCUACACCUUGUCCUACCGUCGGGUGCGAGUCGACCUCAUUAUGACCUACCGAAUUCUACGUCUUGGUGAGUUCCCCAUGCUAAGGCCACUAUUGCACUUACGAGGGCCAUGCAGCACACGCGGACACAGAUAUAAACCUGUGGUGCCGGAUAUGAAACGUGUUCCCCACCCACUGUGCUCCGAACGGAGAGUGGUAAACAUUGGAACUAGUUUGCCCGAACAUGUGAUUGAGGCAACAUCUGUGCAGCAGUUCAAAACGUUGUUAGAUUUGCAUUUUGUCUCGAUUCGAUUCAGAGAACGACUGCAUACUUACGAUGACAUAUCACAUUUGUGA